AUGAGGAAAAAACAUUACACCAAUGCCUGUUAUCUUUGCCUUGCGGAUUGGGAAUCAUUGGAUCAUCUUUUCUUCAAGUGCAAAUACAGUUGUGCAAUUUGGGAAUUCAUUCAGCAUGUGACAAGCUACUACACCAAGCCUAACAGUUGGAGAGAGCUCAUUGAUUGGUGUUCUUAUAAUUGGUCUCGUGGUAAAUGGCUCACUCAUAAACUUCUUCUCUCUGCAGCUAUCUAUUUCAUUUGGCAAGAAAGGAACACAAGGGCAUUCAGAAAUAAAUCUUCCCCUCCCUACCUCAUCAUAAGAAUGAACAUCAGAGCUAGACUUGCUUCAAUUCAACUUAAAAAUGGAACUGAUUUGAGCAGUAUCAGUACAGUGGCAGAAUUGCAGGAAUUAUUUGCCAAGGGUUGUCUAUUUGCUAAUGGCCAAACCUUGUUACUGAAUUAA